AUGAGUUUUAGUACUAUGGUAUGGUUUUUUUCUGGAAAAAAAACGUCAACAGAGCGGUCAGAAGGAGGAAGUGAGAAAUCCUCAGUUGAAAUGUCAUAUUCAUUACCAGAAACACCAGAAAUCUUUGAUAAAGAUGCUAUGGAUCCUUCUAGAUUACAUCCGCUUGCGGGUCUUGGAAAAACACUGGAUUAUUUUUCAUUAGAAGAUGCAAAAUUGGCAAAUCUUCCAGGAGGAAAAACAGCAUUUCCAAGCCGUGGAUGGAGUGAUGAUCUUACUUAUGGCACAGGAACGGUAUAUUUAUCUGCACUUGGUAUUGGUGGUACCUGGGGAAUUUUUGAAGGAUUAUCUAAAGUAUCUAAAGCUAUUUCGAUACGUGUUAGAAUUAAUAGUAUUCUUAAUGCUAUGACGCGUAGAGGACCUUUUCUUGCAAAUUCGGCGGGGGUAAUUGCUCUUGGUUAUAAUACAGCUAAUUCUACACUUGGAUAUUAUAGAGGAAAACAUGAUGAUUUGAAUUCUAUUCUGAGUGGAGCACUAGCCGGUGCUGUCUAUAAAAGCACUAGAGGUAUUAAAAGUAUUGUUAUCGUCAGCGGUAUUUGUUCUGGAAUAGCCGGAAUAUGGUGUUUUUCAAAACGACUUUUUAUUUAGUUUUUUAAUAUUUUUUAUAUAAAAAAUCUUUUUAUCGUCUAUAAUAUUUAUUUAGAUUUGAAUCAUGCA